UUCUAUUUUAUGCCUCAACUUUACAAAAGAAAUAUGCUCCAUUUGUCAAUUUCUAUACCUGUUUUAGCAUAGUAAAAUAGAAGGAACAAAACUUUAAUUCUCUUAACUUUUCAAAACCUACUGUCUCUCAACUCAACUCUUUCAAACUAGAUAAUAUUAUCUUCCUAACUACUCUAGUCUAUAAAGCUUUUCAAGUAAUCUUGGUUAUUUAUUUAUUUAUAUCAUAAGAUAGUUACUUGUUAGGGGAUUUUCUCCCAUGUGGGGAUCAUUGAAAAAUCUAAUUUGUACGUUUCUGUUUUUCUUAUUAGUUGCCAGUCGUCAUCAGUUUCUGUUUUGGUUUCUGCUGAUGUAUUAAUCACUUCUGCAAUUUGUGGCUGCAGUGAUUUCUGCUACUGUUGUAGCAUUAUUGGUCUAACCAAUAAUAGUAAAAUAUACCCAUUUGGAUUAUUUUAUGAUUUACACUAACUUUUUAUUAGCUACUUGCUUACCAUGUUGACUCUAUUCUAAUUAAUCCAUAUUAAUAGUGAAUAUAUGGGAGAAAAUAUACAUAUUAUUCAUCAAUUAAGGUGAUUGCUGAUGUAUUAACAUCUACAUUUUGUGGCUAUAGUGAAUCUGCUAGUGAAGUAGAUAUUAGUUUCUGCAUUAUUGUUCUAAAGUAAUAGAAAAAAUUAGCUACUUGGAUUAUUUUAUAGUUUUAACCUUUUGUUGUUGAGAGUAUGUUUUCCUGUGUUUUAUUAUCAGAAUACUUUGCAGUGUGAGGACCAGUAGUAUUCUACUUUGUUUUCUUUACCUUAUGAAAGUUGUGGUUGUGAAUAUCUAGCUGAUAUUGUCAUUUCACACACUUGUUGUCGACUAUGAAUUGCUGACACAUAUACACCAGACACGACUCACACUGAUAUGAUAAGUCGACACCGAUAAUAUUUAAAAAUAAAUAAAUAAAUUGAACGUAACAAUAAGUGUCUGUGUCAUGUUGUCCAAUACUUGACACUGUGACACUGAGACGAACACGUCUUUUUUUAAAGUGUCAGUGCUACAAAGUCUGUGGAUAUAUCAUAUACCUUUCAAAUAACUCCAACUUUAUUGUUUUAUUAAUUGUUACAAUCUGAAAAGAUCUAUUAGUUAGUUACUUAAAUAUAUGAAUAGAUAGAUAGUGGCUAAAAGUUGUAGCUUCCAUAUGAGCUUUGAAAGUUAGGCUCAGUACAGUAGACAAGUUGAGUUAUAGUAUUUUGAUUUGAGUACAAUGAAAACAAGAAAAGGAAAACGCUCAGAGGUGUUUUGGCCCUCCAUAGUGAUGAAGAAAUGGUUGAAUAUAAAGCAAAAAGUGUGCGAUUUUAGCGAAGAUGAAGCGGAUACUGAAACUGAGAGUGAAGAUGAUAUGGUAUGUGCUUCAUCAUGUUAAUGUGAAACUAAUAUAAAUGAUGAGGUGAUGAUGAAAGAGUUAAAAUCCUUAUAUGUGUGGUUUGAUAUUUGUAAUUCAGAUACAUGUUGCAAGGACUACAAGGCGAGACGACACAGAAGAGGAAAAUCAGAAACUUUGCGUGCUCAGUACAUAGAUUCGAAGGAAGUGAGGGUAACAAUUGGUACUUGGAAUGUUGCUGGAGUAUCUCCAUGCAAUGAUCUUGAAAUUGAUGGCUGGCUUUGUACUCAAAAACCAGCAGAUAUUUACAUUAUUGGUUUUCAAGAGGUGGUUCCAUUGAAUGCUGGGAAUGUGUUAGGAGCUGAAGAUAACAAACCUAUUUCGAAAUGGGAAGAAAUCAUUAGAAGAACUCUAAACAAAUCAUCUGAAUCUGUAACCAAACAGAAAAGCUAUAGUGCACCUCCUUCUCCUGUUAGAACAAAUUCUUCUUUUGAUACACAAAUGAAUCAGCUAGAUAUGGUGGAAGAGGGAGAGAAAACCAUAAUUGGUAUAGAAAAGAAUCUUCAAUUGAGGAAAAUAUAUGACAUUGAUCUUCAAACUAUACUUGAUUGGCCUGAACGUCCAUUACACGAAACUCGUAAUUUUGAUUCGACUCCAAAGUUGCGUAGAGUACUAAGCAGUUCAGCUAAAACUGGAUUCAGUUUGAUAGAUAGUGCUUCAAUGUAUGGUUACGGAAAGAAAAGUUCAUACCGAAGUUCUGGAAAUUUGAGUUUGUUAUGGAGAGAAAAACAACAAGAAACGGUUCCUCGAGUAGUUGAUGUAUCUGAUAUGUCAUCUGACGAAGAAAAUGAUAGUUUCAAUGAAUUACAAGAUGAUAAAGAUGUUAGCGAGAAAUCACAUCGGAAGUAUGUUAGGAUUGCGAGUAAGCAGAUGGUAGGAAUAUAUGUGUCUGUUUGGGUGCAAAGGAAGCUGAGAAGGCACAUUCAUCAUUUGAAAGUUUCUCCUGUUGGAGUUGGUCUUAUGGGCUACAUGGGAAACAAGGGGUCUGUUUCGGUUAGUAUGUCGGUUUUUCAGUCGCGUAUGUGCUUUGUCUGUUCCCAUCUUGCUUCUGGCCAAAAAGAUGGAGCGGAGCAAAGACGAAACUCAGAUGUUCAUGAAAUUCUACAGCGCACUCGAUUCUCUUCAGUCUUUGACACAGAUCAACCGCGCACGAUUCCAUCACACGAUCAGAUUUUUUGGUUUGGAGAUUUGAAUUACCGUAUCAAUAUGUCGGAUGGCGAGGUUCGGAAGCUAGUAGCUCUAAAAAAGUGGGAUGAACUCAAGAAUUAUGACCAGCUAAGAAUUGAAUUAUGUAAUGGUCAUGUAUUUGAGGGAUGGAAAGAAGGGUUGGUAAAUUUUCCACCAACUUACAAGUAUGAAUUUAACUCCGAUAAAUAUGCGGGCGAGGUCACACAAGAAGGCGAAAAAAAGAGAUCUCCAGCAUGGUGUGAUCGCAUAUUGUGGAUAGGAAAAGGAAUAAAGCAACUCGAGUAUCAAUGUGCAGAAAAUAAGCUCUCGGAUCAUCGACCAGUUAGCUCAAUCUUCUUGGUUGAUGUCGAAGUAAUUGAUCGCCGGAAACUACAUCGAGCUCUAAAUUUCACUAGUGCAGUUGUGCAUCCAGAGAUUUUCCUUAGAGAGGAUGAUGGAGACAUGUUCUAGUAGAUAACAUGGCAAAAGAUAAUGUUUAUAUGGUUUUGUUUAUUCUUCUGCAGGGUGUUAACACUUUGGUUGAGGUUUGAAGCCUACUUUUUGAGAGUAAUAAUGUGAAUAUGAAUGAGUUACAUGGAAGAGAUAUAGUUAUAAUAAAUGAUAGGAAAUGUGUGUAAAUAGUUAGAGAUACAUGCGAUAAAAUAUUGUUUUUAAAAUGUGUUAUGUGUUGUGAGAAGAAGAAUAGUUCUAGUACACUGUUUUUAGAAUUUGUAAAGGGAAACAUUUUUUCUCCA